GUACAUUACUUCCCAAUGGCAGAAGUCCUAAUGUGUUGUCGUUAGCACACACCGUUGUGUGCUUGUUUGCUGUCGAACGGAGAGGAGGUAGAAAUAUGACAGGGAAACGAAAAACUAAAUCUACUCCUCAGGAGUCAGAUUCUGCCGACGGGCAGAAGAAAUGCCGUCCGGAGGAGCCGACAGCGAGACCGACUACCGCUGAGGUACCGACCAGACUGAGGGAGGAGGUGGAGAGACUCUAUAAACUGACGAUGCCUGAAGACUUCUACCUCUUCUGGGACUUCUGCUCCCUGCUCAGCCCCGAUAACCCCGGGGACGCGCUGAAGGAAAUCCUGGGUUUGAGGUUGGUUGGCCCGUUUGACAUUCUGGCGGAGGCCCACCGUAGCUCAGCCAACCCCCAGCCCAACUACCACCUACACUGGAGGUACUUCUACGACCCUCCGGAGUACCAGACCGUACUGCAAGGGAAUGGAGACAACCUGCUACACCUGGGUUACUACAGGUAA